CGACUUUCCACAAUGUGUUUAUGAGUGUUCUCAGAGCUAAGCGACCAAUAAUGGCGUCUUUUUCUCUGCGUUUUGCGGCUUUUUGCUUCUGUUUGUUGAUUGCUUUGGUCGGAGCUAACAAUGUAGAAGACGACAAGCGGUUCUUUCAUCGCCCACUUGGUUAUUUUAAGGGUAAAGGGUUCCAUGGAGGAGGUCUCGGUGGUGGUGGCGGUUUUGGCGGUGGUUUUGGUGGUGGGUAUGGUGGUGGAGGUGGUCUUGGUGGAGGAGGUGGGUUGGGCGGUGGCGGUGGAUUGGGUGGUGGAGGAGGGUUCGGGCAUGGUAUUCAUAAGAAGGGUUUUAGACAUGGAGGAUUGGGCGGCGGUGGAGGGUUAGGCGGAGGAGGUGGUUUGGGUGGUGGUGGAGGGAUAGGGCAUGGCAUUUACAAGAGAGGUUUUAAGCAUAGAAGAUUUGGUGGCGGUGGAGGAUAUGGAGGAGGAGGUGGUCUUGGCGGCGGUGGAGGACUUGGAGGUGGUGGUGGAGGCGGUCUGGGAGGAGGAGUUGGCGGUGGGUAUGGAGGAGGUGCCGGGGGAGGCUUUGGUGGCGGUGGUGGUGGCGGAUUCGGAGGAGGAGCAGGUGGGGGAGGUGGUCUCGGUGGAGGUGGAGGCUUUGGUGGCGGAGGCGGUUACGGUGGAGGAGCAGGAUUUGGAGGCGGCGUCGGCGGCGGCCACCACUAAAUUGUACCGUGAUAAAUUAUCUAUUUCUUAUAGGAAUUAAUAUGUUUAGUUAUCCACGUGGGAUAGGUGGUUUUAAAUUACGUAAUUUUAAAUUUAAUUUAGAGAAAAAAAAUGAAAUGGCGGUCGGAAAAAAUAGUGAUCGGGAAAAUGGCCGUUUAUCUCCGUUUGGGAUCAAAACGGUGCGUUUUGGACGACGGAUCUAGACCGAGUCUUCUUCAUGCAUGCAGUAAGACGCUAAUUAUGUAAAGCAAUGUUAUUAAUUUGUGUGUUUCCUUGUAUUAUUUUGUUGCGUCGUUUCGUACUUGUUUGCUGUCGUUUUAUUUAUUUAUGAAUAUUUGUAAUUUUAAAUCAAAAUAAUUGAAUAAUUACACAUUCAGAUUCGGUUCUGUUGG